UAAAGCUCUUGGUUUACCCUCUGGUUGCACUAUGUGAAACUCAGCUCUUGCUUAGCUUCAGUGCUAUAGACCUCCCAAAUGAUGCAGAGAUGAAGCUCGACUGCACAGCAGCAGAAUCUGGGGACCCUACAAGAGUUUACGCAUUCUUCAGGGAGGAAAUGUCAAGAUCUUAGUAAAAGUGGUGUUUUAUUAAUACUUUUUAUGUGGAGAGAAAAAACAGGCUGCAUUUUCUUCACCCUCAGGUAAACUUUGAAUAGAAGAUUUCCUGUAACACUCAUCUGUAUAAAAUAAUAAGCCAAGAGGAAGUGGUAGUGGUGGUUCAAUACAUGGCACUUUCCCUUCAGAAGUUAAUGCCCUAGCACUGUGAUUCUUGGGUAGACAUUUAGCUCUGUGCAAGUUGGUGUAAAAUUCUAUUCUCCACCCGCUUACAUUCAUGAUGGCAUUUUACACACACUUUUCACACCUUACAUAGGGGUCUAAAUGAUGGCAAUCAGCAAGGCUACGGAGAAGUAAGCAAACACUCGCUUGCCUGAGACAUACAACCCAAUGCCCUAGCAACUUGCAAUCACUAACAAAUUGGGCCUCUUCCAAAGUGUUUGGAUGAGUCCCACGGCUAAUGGUCAAGUUCCAACUUGGUUAAUGUUCUGCGAACUGUGGCAAGGCACCUCCUUCUCUUCCUGGGCUGCAGCUUCUCUCCCUUUGGCAAUGUGGGAGCCUGGAGCUGACUUGGCAUGCUACGUAAACUUCCUCUCUGCAGUUUCAAAUGGAGAAGUUAUUCUUCACUCCUCCUACAAACUUGAAUAGUACUGCUGGUUCUGAAUGGCUUUUAUCUUCCAACCCAGAAGUGUCUGCAUUUCACUGGUGGGUGAGUAAUCAUAGUAUGUAGAGGACUUUAGGCUGAUUCCUGAGGAAAGGCGAUAUAAAUGUAGGUGCUUAUUAUUAAUAAUAAAUACAGAUUUAUUUAAUAAUGCAUAGCUGCAAACAAGCAGCAAAAUAAAGAUCACAGACAGAACUAAGAUAUUUGCAUGAACAUAGACCUGGUCACUGUGGAAAGUAUGGAGUUUAGUCAGAACGCAUAGGAUACAUAAAGUGAAAAACUUCUACUUUUUGUAUUUUUAAUGAAAUGAUUAAAUCAGUGAAAUGUUCAGAUAAAGCUUUGCUCAGAUAAUUAAUAGAAAUAGCAUCAUGCAGCUUCUGUGAAUGAAGAGUGCAAUGUUCAGAAUAGGACUUUCAUUUAAGGGAUACUAAUUAAUUCCCCUUAACAUUUGGUUACUAUGGGCUUGUUUACACUUACAGCGCUGCAGCUGGGCUGCUGUAGCACUUUGUGACUACAGAUCCUGACCAGAAGGAGAUUUCCCCGGUCAGCCAAGAUGUCUUCAGCAUGCCCAGUCCCAAAGCACAGACCCAGGCACUGGAGUUUCCCUCUGAAACCGAGGUGGAGAGCCACUCUGAAACUGCUGCAGAGGAAGCUCUACUAGGUUAGAGUCAGCACUGAGAAAUAUUAGACAGAAAACACAAUUAUCAACAUCUUCAAAGAGCCAGCAUAAUACUGGAGGAAACCAUGGGAUUCCCAGCAAAUAUCUUCCUUUUUGCUUGUAUGUUUACAUUUACACUGUGGAAUAAUAUCCAGCUGUCUAUGGAAAAUGAAUUUACUGCACACUAUUCAAGCAGCUUUCUAGCUUGUGUUCCAAAAAGCCAGUCAAAACAUACAACAGUGCUGGAUUUAUCUCAGAAAAAUAUCUCUGAACUUCAUAUCUCAGACUUCAGUUCUCUCCCUGAACUGCAAGUAUUAAAUCUGUCUCACAAUCUAAUCAGAGAGCUUGACUUCAAUGUUUUCAAAUUCAAUGAGAAAUUAGAAUGCUUAGAUUUAUCUCAUAACAACUUGUGGAAUAUGUACUGUCAGACUCUUGCUGGUCUUAGACAUUUAGAUCUUUCCUUCAAUAAGUUUAAAACUUUGCCCAUCUGUCAGGAAUUUGGCAAUAUGUUGAACCUGGAAUACCUGGGACUGAGUGCCACAAUGAUACGAAAGUCAGACUUCAGAGGUAUUACACAUUUGCAACUGCAUACUGUCUUCCUAACCUUAGAAGACCUUUCUCACUAUGAAGCCAAGAGUCUGACAGUCUUAAACACAAAGAACCUUCACAUUGUUUUCCCAAUAAACAAAAACUUUGCUUUUCCCCUUUUGUAUGAUGGAAUGAACACGUCAGAGAAGUUAGAAUUGUCAAAUAUUAGAUAUAACUCUACAGAUUUCCCUUUCCCUACUUUUGACCCUUUGAAAUUCAAGACACUCAGUCUGAGGUUCAACAAUGUGGAUUUGUCCUGGAGUAUCCUUGUGCGAAUUUUCACAAUUGUUUGGUCUACACCUGUAGAAUAUUUCACUGUGAAAAAUUUGACCUUUCAGGGAUCUAUUCAGAGUACAACCAAUACUGACUUUUCACUCUUAAGCUAUUGGGCACAAUCUGUCUAUUCAGGUAGUUCAAUGAAAGCACUUAUACUAGACCAUAUUCGUACUAAGGUGUUUUCUUUCUCUCAAGAUAUUCUGUACAAAACAUUUUCAGAUAUGAACAUUGAAAAUUUGACAAUAUCUGAUGCAUUUAUGCCACACAUGCUUUGCCCUUCUUCCACUAGCCUGUUUCAAUAUUUAGAUUUUUCAUACAAUGCCCUGACAGAUGAGGUAUUUAAGAACUGUGACACUCUGACUCAUUUGAAAAUGCUUAUCUUACAGAGAAAUCAAUUAGAGAAUCUUUCCAAGGUGAGCUCCAUGACGAGUAAAAUGAAAUCACUGAAACACAUGGACAUAAGUAGGAAUUUGCUGUAUUAUGAUGAGAAUGAGAACUACUGCCACUGGGUUGGAACUCUGGCUAAACUGAAUUUGUCCUCAAACAAAUUGACAGACUCAGUUUUUGGAUGUUUGCCAAUCAAUGUUCAAAUACUUGAUCUGCAAAAUAACCAAAUCAGAACGGUCCCCAAAGACAUUACUGAACUGAAAGCUUUGAAAGAGCUAAAUAUUGCAUUUAACAGGUUAACUGAGCUGCCUGGAUGUAGUCAUUAUAGGGGUCUGGAAUUACUGAAUAUAGAAGAGAAUUCAAUUCUCACUCCAUCAUCUGACUUCUUCCAUAGCUGUCAAAAUAUCAGAGAGCUCAGAGGAGGACACAAUCCAUUCCAAUGUUCUUGUGAAUUACGAGACUUUGUUAAUUUUGAAAAAAAAUCAGGCGGAAGGUUGGUUGGCUGGCCAGAAUCUUAUGUGUGCGAAUAUCCAGAUGGCUUAAAGGGAACCCAGCUAAAGGACUUUCAGUUGUCUGAACUAUCUUGCAAUACAACGCUCUUGCUUGUUGUAGCUCUAGUUGUUACAGUGGUGGUAGUGGCUGUGACAUCCUUUCUGUGUAUCUAUUUUGACAUAAUGUGGUAUUUGAAGAUGAUGUGGCAGUGGAUGCAAACAAAACGUAGGGUUCGGAAGAGUCACCCUGAAGAUCUGCAAAGCAUUUUACAGUUUCAUGCUUUUAUUUCAUACAGCGAACGGGAUUCCCUCUGGGUGAAGAAUCAUCUGAUCCCAAAUCUGGAGAAGGAAGAUGGGUCUGUACAGAUCUGUCUGCAUGAGAGGAACUUCAUUCCUGGCAAAAGUAUAGUUGAGAACAUUAUAAACUGCAUUGAGAAAAGCCACAAAUCAAUCUUUGUUUUGUCUCCCAAUUUUGUUCAGAGUGAAUGGUGCCACUAUGAGCUUUACUUCGCCCAUCACAAAUUAUUUAGUGAAAGUUCCAAUAGCUUAAUCCUCAUUUUACUGGAACCAAUCCCGCAGUAUCUCAUUCCUGCCAGAUAUCACAAGCUGAAAGCUCUCAUGGCAAAGAGAACAUACUUGGAGUGGCCAAAGGAGAAAAGCAAACAUGGGCUUUUCUGGGCUAACCUUAAGGCGGCUAUUAACACUAACCUGCCAGUGUCCACUGAAAUGAUUGUGGUGUAGACCACAAGAUAAUUUACCAAUUCUUGGAUUUUAUCUGUGUUAAUUUUGCUUAUAAUGCAACUAAUGCAAACUCAACUGAUUUGCUAUGGAAUUACACGGUGUUAACCAAAUCACCAUCUUGCUCAUAGUAUUCAUGAUUGUGUACCCAAAAAUACAUGUAAUAAAUGUAGAAAUUAUUUUCAUUU